UCCACAAACACUUCCAGUACAAAAUUUAUAUUGCGGUUCGGUGCUUAUGAUUUGUUUAUUAGAGAUUCAAUUAGCAUAAGGGAAAGAGUGGGUAACAUGUAAAUUAGGUGUAUGGCUAAUGUUCGUUAUUUAUUCGGAUGCUGCAGGAGUAGAACGAACGAGCGUAUGUAUACACAUAAUAAAUUCCACAUGUGUGAUCCGGCACCUAUAUAAGAAUUCUAUUCUCAUCCCUAUCAGAGAUGAAUCUUCAGUGGUGGCUCAAAUCUCAACUAAUUCAGAUGCACGUGUUAGCCCGCAUGAUUAAAGGAAGUCGCGUAUUGAAUAAUUUGUACUUACUCUCUAUACCAUUAAUGCAAUUAAUGAGAGCGGCCGAGUAAAUGACAACAGGAAGCGAUUUCGGUUCAAUUACUAUUUUACGGAACGUGAUUUAAUUUAAAAAAAACUUUGUGCGACAUGUAACUUUUUAAUGAAAUUGACAAUGAACAGCUUUGAGCUUUGUUUAAACGAAGUGUUGUUUGUUUAUGAUGAAAAUUGUUUUAAUAUAAUUAUUACGAACAUGGGCAACGGUGUUCAAAUUACAUUAAACUUUUUCAAACUUUUUUGUAUACUUAUCGUGCUGCUGGUUAUUAGUCCGGCUUUAUCAGGGUAUACGUGGAAUAAAACAAGUACCAAAGCCACAAAUCACCGCAUCCCAACGCCCGAGUUUGACGAUCUACUGAUUAGGGAAAUACAAGCGAAAACAGGCCAGACUGUACUUCUACCUUGUACGGUUCGAAAUUUAGGAGAUAAAGUGGUCUCCUGGAUCCGCACGAAGGACUUACACAUUUUAACAUCUGGGGAGCUCACUUUCUCUGCCGACAAUCGAUUCGAGUCAGUUUCGUCAAUUCAAACAAAUUUUUGGGGAUUAAGGGUGCGUGGAGUGCGAUUGGCUGAUAGCGGCAGAUAUGAAUGCCAAGUAAACACGGAUCCCAAAAUGAGUCUCGCAAUUAAUUUAACCGUGUCAGAUACACUCAAGAUACAGGAUAACUUCCACUUUACUAAUAAAUGGAUCUAUACGGCAAGUAUAAAGGGACCUCCGGAAGUUUACGCAAGGGUCGGUACUCCUAUAACAUUUACUUGCGAAAUAUCAGCAUCAUCGCCUUCUUGGAGGACACCUGUGUCUCAAUCUGGUUCGCAACCCCACAUACAUUGGUUUCACGAGGGGAGGCAGUUAUCUUUCGAUUCCGGACGGGGAGGGAUUUCCGUCGAAACGGACUAUAGGGACCUUAAUAGCGUUAGUAGAUUAAGAGUUGCUGAGGUUUCACCACAAGACAGUGGAACGUAUACUUGCACGCAAGCUUCCGCCAAGCCCGGAUCAGCUCGACUUGUAGUCGUAGAGGCUGAGCAUUCGGAGGCUAUGCAACGUGAUGCGCCCCAUUCUUCCACUAAUGGUUGGCACAACGAACUCAUAUUUAUAUUUUCCUUUAGUUGGACGUUUAUGUUUAUUAAUUUUCGUAAUUUAUUUUUCAUAUAGGUAGUUAGAAAGAAUUAUGUAUAUAAUAAAGUAUUUUUUCUACUUA